AUGGAGAGAAGCUGCAGGGUUCCGUCUCUGCGCCGGUGCAGCAUCCUCCUCCUGGCCUGGACCUGCGUGAGCUGGAGCUGGUCCGAGGGGGCGGCGGGGUCCCAGCAAGGGAUUCCUCAGUCAGUAGUAAAGCUUUGGGCCUCUGCGUUUGGUGGAGAAAUCAAAUCGAUUUCUGCCAAAUAUUCUGGAUCACAGUUGCUACAAAAGGAGCUGUGGACCAUCACCGCACCACGCUCAGGGCCCAACUCCACUUCUGAGCCCAGUCCCCCCGUGAGGAUCAGCAGCAGGAUCAGUCCAAAGAGCUCCGCUGCUUGUCUGUGGGAGGAAAGUGGAGCCGCCCGAGCAGGCCCUCGAAAGUAUGGAGAAAGUGUGCAAACUGCAUUCAGAAAGCGGCUGCAGGCUCAGAACCCCGGGUCUUCGUGCCCUGAGAAAUUUAAAGAACCUGAAAAGUCGGUCAGAGUGGAGGAGAUUGAUGGUGUGAAGCUGGUUAAGAACUUGGCUGUGAAGAUGGAGGAAAUGUUCCGGAAGAAAGCCGAAGCCACCAGGCGGCUCGUGGAGGCGGCGGAGGAAGCGCACCAUCAGCACGAAGACAACCCAGAUCUGCAGUAUGAAUACUUCAACGCUGUGCUGAUCAAUGAAGUGGACGAGGAAGGCAAUAACGUGGAGCUGGGAGGCGAGUUCAUCCUGGAGCCCAACGACCAUUUCAGUAACCUCUCGGUCAAUCUGAGCCUCAGUGUGGUGCAGGUGCCCACCAACAUGUACAACAAAGAUCCAGACAUCGUGAACGGGGUGUACUGGUCCGAGGCCCUGAACAAAGUGUUUGUGGAGAACUUCGAAAGAGAUCCAACACUCAUCUGGCAGUACUUUGGAAGCGCCAAAGGUUUUUUCAGGCAGUAUCCUGGAGUAAAGUGGCAUCCAGAUGAGCAUGGCGUCAUCGGCUUUGACUGCAGGAAUCGGAAGUGGUACAUCCAGGCAGCAACGUCCCCCAAAGACGUGGUGAUUUUAGUCGAUGUUAGCGGGAGCAUGAAGGGGCUGAGGCUGACUAUCGCCAGGCAAACCGUUUCCUCCAUACUGGACACACUGGGAGACGAUGACUUCUUCAACAUCAUCGCAUACAAUCAGGAGAUCCACUAUGUGGAGCCUUGUUUGAAUGGUACUCUGGUCCGGGCCGACAGAACUAACAAAGAUCAUUUCCGUGAACAUCUGGACAAGCUGUUUGCCAAAGGGAUUGGACUUCUGGGUGAAGCUCUGACCGAAGCGUUCUCCAUCCUGAACGAUUUUAAUCAGACAGGGCAUGGCAGUGUGUGCAGCCAGGCCAUCAUGCUUGUCACUGAUGGAGCAACUGAAAUGUACGAUGAUGUUUUUGAGAAGUACAACUGGCCGGAAAGAAAAGUGCGCAUAUUCCCCUACCUGAUUGGACGAGAAUCUGCCUUUGCCGAUAACCUCAAAUGGAUGGCUUGUGCCAACAAAGGGUAUUUUAGUCAGAUCUCCACUUUAGCUGAUGUUCAGGAGAACGUGAUGAGGUACCUUCAUGUCAUGAGCCGUCCAAAGGUCAUCGAUCACGAGCACGACACAGUCUGGACCGAGGCUUAUGUGGACAGUGCUCUUACUCACGCUCAUAAGCUUAAUGACAAAUCAGGUCCGUCUCUGACGACGACCGUAGCCAUGCCGGUGUUCAGCACGAAGAAUGAAACGAAGAAUCAGGGUAUUCUGUUGGGGGUCGUAGGAACAGACAUCCCUCUGCAGGAGCUGAUGAAGCUCAUCCCAAAACAUAUGUUAGGGAUCCAUGGAUAUGCAUUUGCCAUCACUAACAACGGCUACAUCCUGACACAUCCGGACCUCCGGCCUUUGUAUCAGGAAGGUCAGAAGAGGAGGAAGCCCAAUUACAGCAGCGUGGAUCUGUCCGAGGUGGAGUGGGAAGACAAAGACGACAUUCUUCGCAACGCCAUGGUAAACAGGAGGACGGGGACUUUCUCUAUGGAGGUGAAGAGGACUGUGGACAGAGGGAGGCGUGUGCUCAAGAUGCACAAUGACUAUUACUACACGGACAUCAAAGGAACUCCAUUCAGUGUGGGAGUAGCUCUCUCAAGAGGUCAUGGGAAAUACUUCUUCAGAGGGAAUGUGUCCACGGACGCAGGGCUCCGUGAUCUGGAACAGCCAGAUGUCGCCCUGGCAGAUGAAUGGACCUACUGCAACACCGAGGAGAAGCACGAGCACCGUCACCUGAGCCAGAUCCAGGCCAUAAAGCUCUUCAUGAUGGGCCGCAAAUCGAAUUUCAAGUGCGACAGAGAGCUGAUCCAGGAGGUGUUAUUUGAUGCUGUGGUCACUGCUCCCUUGAAGAACUACUGGAACAGUCUGGCUCUCAACAAAUCAGAGAACCCAGACAAAGGUGUGGAGAUCGCCUUCCUGGGAACACGGACCGGCCUGUCGAGAACCAAACAGUUUGUUCCCACUGAUCAGCUCUCCAAUCAAGACCUCCUGACAGCUGAGGACAAGGAGGGGGUGUUUAACGCCGACCACUUUCCUCUGUGGUACAAGAGAGCAGCAGAGCAGGUCCCCGGCACGUUCGUCUACUCCAUACCCUUCAGCACAGCUUCAGAAAACAAGAGUGUGGUUUUGGCCAGUACAGCGAUUCAACUCCUUGAUGAUAGGAAGUCACCAAUUGUUGCUGCUGUUGGACUCCAGAUGAAGCUGGAGUAUUUUCAGAGGAAGUUCUGGACGGCCUGCAGACAGUGCACAGCUCUGGAUGGAAAGUGUAGCAUUAGCUGUGAUGCAGAGGACAUUAACUGUUACUUGAUUGACAACAACGGCUUCAUUCUUGUUACAGAAGAACAGUCUCAGACAGGGCUCUUCUUUGGUGAGGUGGAGGGAGCUGUCAUGAACAAACUGCUCCAGAUGGGGUGUUUUAAAAGGAUCACUCUGUAUGACUAUCAGGCCGUUUGCAGAGAGUACGCUGGGAGCAGCGACAGUGCACGCACCUUAUCAGACCCAUUUUCAGUGGUUAGGUGGCUCCUGACAGAACUCAUUAUUUUUCUGCUUGAAUUCAACCUGUACAGCUGGUGGAACGUUGACCUUUCCGCUAAAGCUCAGAGAUCUCGAGGUAAAACCAUGAUGGUUCCCUGUGACACAGAAUACCCUGCCUUUGUCUCUGAGCGCACCAUUAAAGAAACAACAGGAAACAUUGAGUGUGAUGGCUGCAUCAGGUCUUUUGUCAUACAGCAGAUUCCCAGCAGCAACCUGUUCAUGGUUGUUGUUGACAACAAGUGUGACUGCAGCAGCAUCCCUCCAGUAACCAUGGAUCCCAUCGAGAUCAUGUACAACGAGUCGUUAAAAUGUGACAGACUGAAGCUUCAGAAGGACAGAAAAAAGCCAGAAUCAUGCCAUCCUUUCCACCCUGAGGAAAACGCCAUGGAGUGUGGUUCAGCCACUUGCCUCUACAGUCAUCUGGCAGUAAACCUGCUGCCUCUGGUAGCAGCAACCAUCAACAGGUGACCGUGAGCAGCAGCGUUCCCCGUCAGGAAGAACCGACUCACCAAGAAGAUGCUUAGAAACACAUGAAGAACACAACUGAACAGAAAUGCCUUUGUUCACCUCUGCAGCUGGCAUUACUCUACAAGACAAAGUCUUCUCCAGUAGCACCGAGACUCACAUCCAUCAAUGCUGAAAACACUAAAAAGCUCGAGAAUAACUCGAGCGCUUGGGGACUUUGCAGAUCUCUAGACUGAAAGUUCGUCCUGUCGUUCUAAAUGUGCGCUGAGUGAAGAACAUUUUUAUCAAAAUCUAAACAUUCAUUGUGUAAAGGAUGAUAGUAAGGCUUUAAAUGUUAUGGUCGUGUUUGUUAGAGAAAAAUAAAAGAAUGUAACGCACACUGUGAGCUGUGACAAGAUUUA